UGUUAGGGCUGCAUAGCAACAGAGCAGCUGUAAGCUUUUAUGGUUCUUCACUUUGUGAGUUCAUCAGUUCUAAACGUCUUCGAUUGUAAACACUGAAGAACAUCAAUACAUUAUAACUUGCUGCUGUCAAUAACGGAUAUCACUUUGAAACUAUUGACAAAGAAUGGAAAAUCUGUCCAAAGAUCUUGAGGAGUUUUUGCACCUUAAAGAUCUGAUUAACUGGCCAGAGUUACUCCCUGAUGAAGAUGAGUUUCAAAUGAAUAUUCAGCCUGGUAUAUUUAGUUCAUAUGAAUCAACUGUGCAAUACAUUCAUGAACAUGCACCUUUCCAGAUGGAGAUUCUUGAUGAUAUUGAGCAAAGACUUAACCAGCUGGGAUUGCGAUUGGAAAAAUAUUCCUCAAAAAUCCUCUCGGAUGAACCUGGGGAAUCUAAGAUCAAAGAGCAUCAUAUUGAUUUAUCAUCUUACACUUUUCUUACACAAAUUAAGGAUUCUGAUGCAUUACUAACACAUCCCAGCCGAAAGCUUUCUGAAGAACUUUCCUUUGCAAACAGUGACAUGACUGUUGAGUCUGAAUGUUUCCCAGGCUUCAAACCAUUUGAGUUUACAGAACUUCCUGGACACACAGAGGCUGUACAGCUGCUAAGCUGGAUUUGGAGGGCUCAAAAUUUUAAUCUUGGAUAUCAAUCUACCUUGAAAAAGCUGAUUCUCUCAACUUCAUCUGGUGCCAUUCUUCAGGAUGCAUUUUGGUGGUUCUUCCUUUCCAAGUUUCAGCCUUCCCAAGAAGAUCAAGAUAACCUGUUUAGCAGAAUUGCUGAUAGUUUUGUGACACUUUUCAUGACUUGCCCUCCUCCAGUGCGAGAUACAUUAUUGAAGGUAUUUCCUGAUUGCUUGGCUCAAGCUGUCUUUGCGAUUUUCUACAAGUCUUACCCAGAAUCGCAAAACCAUUUUGGGGAUGAAUUUAAGAAAGAACUAUCUGAACUUUUCUCACUUUGGAUCACAGGUUUAAAGCCCUCACCAUUUUCUUGGAAACAAUGGAACCUGGAAUGGCUAGUGAAGUCAAUCAGCAAGAGAGGACCUGACAGAAAGGAGAGAAUUCUCCAUGAAUUAGAACUCAGAUCAGCUAAGUUGACAUUGGAUUUUGACCAUGGUGAGCUAAUAAAAGAAGAUACAAGAAAUCUGAAGAGGAGAGAUAUGCUAGCUCCAAAAAGCACAAGUACACUUCCUGCUAAGACUGAGUCAUCUUAUGUUGGCCACGGUCCUGAAUUUCAACGUAUACUUUUCAGACUUUCUGGUCGAAGCCCUUUGGUAUCUCACUUUCUGAACAUGAAAAACAUAGACGGUAGAAGUUUGAGCACUAUGGGACCAAAAAUGCAACGCAUUGAAAUUUCCAAAAAUCCGCCACUCUCUCCAACCUACCAAGAUCUAAUCAAAGAAACAAAGAAACGAAGUAAAGAGCACCACCAGAAAAUUAUUGAUUUACAUGAGCAAACCCAAAAGGCACUCGCAGCAUUAAGAUGGGAUCAAACCAAGUUUAACAAGAAAAUUGACAGGCUGAAAAAAGAGUUGUCCAAUAGCACAGAAGACGAGAUUGAGUCAAUUUCCAACAAAUUGAUGUCCACCAGCUGAUCAAGUUCUGGACAGCUGCACUCGUACAUAUCCCUACAGCUGAUAUGGCUUUGAUUCAUCAGUUCUCCCAACAACUGCAAUGCAUUGGCAGGUGUCUCAUCACAAAUUCUCUUGAACUGUAGAACUCGUCUGGCUUCACUGUAAACAUGCUUAGCACGCUGGUAAAGUUUGAAUGUUGUCACUGUAGAAUAGAAAUUUUACUUUUUAAUUUUAAUGUUGUUAAUGAACAAUGUUGAAGAAUUAAUUCAAGAAGUAACUCUCUCAGGAAAAAGACCUUUGAUUUUACACAAUGCAGAUACUGUUUUGUCUGUUCAAAUGAUACUGAACAUGGUAGCUAUAAAACUAAAACAAAGGAAUCCUUUUUAACUAAACAGAUACGCUGCUAAUAUUCUGCUCAUGAUAGUCGAAGGCUUUCAGAGGUACUGAGGAAAUCAAUUUAAGGUAUUAGAUGAGACUCAGGCUGACCCUGGAUUCCCACUGCACAUUGCUAUUGUGAAAAGAAUGGUUCAUUAAAAUUUGUUGCCUAUUUGAUCAUUUCCCACUCCAUGGAUUCUUAAAUUGAUUUCCUCAGUACCUCUGAAACCAUGAUCGGCAUGAGCAAAAUUGUUAUACAAUUUAAAAUAUUGUCAGCGUUAUCUAUUCAAAUGUGUCAAAUCAAUGUAUUACUAUGGGGCAAGAUUAUGGCUAGACUGCAAGUUAACAAAGUACUUUAUUUGAAAGGGAGAUACGGGUUUUGUUUCUAAGUCACAAUUCCAUUACAAAAGUGAACUGUUUUGUGGCAUCUGUUCCUAAAUAGUGGGAUGUUAAAUAAAA